AUGACAGCAAGUAGUGUUGAAGCAAUGAAUACUAUUGGUGAAUUAUUUGAUAAAACUGCUAUUUAUAGUUUUCCUGGCACAUCAGGGCAGGAUUUAGAUGAUAUUGAUCUUCAAUCAACUAUUGAGAGUCGUGUUCAGAUACUUGAAGAUUGUCUUAAAUGGAGUGCUAUUGCACCAGCACGUCCUAAUACAUUAAGACCAAAUGGUAUUCAAGUUCGUCUUAUCUGUAUUCCAUAUUUUGCUGAGUCAAAUUCAUGUAUUGCUCUCAAUUUAAGUACACUUGAAUGUUAUGAAAUAUAA